AUGCUAUCCGCAUCCCAUAAAGACCAGAAUAUUCUCCACAUCAUUCUGAACGCCCCAACAACAGCCAACAUGCUAUUCAUGACUACCGGAGGACUUUGUUACUUCUACCCAAAUUUUUAUCAUGCAGGAAUUGCUAUUCAAAGCCACAGUGGAAAUUUAGUCCCAUAUGACAAGAAAUUGGGAUGUGCCGGAGAAGUAACGGACGAAUUUGAGAUGCAGAGAGACAUGUCCUUCCUCAACAGGACCUGCGAUGAUUUAUGUCCCACAUUUUGGCACCACGUCCAAGAAAAACAUUGGCGUUUAUCCGUCAAUUGGAAUGUAGAAGAUUCAGUCACCAAAGUUUUCCAUGACAUUGAUGUCGAAUGGCGAUUGAACAGAGAGUGUACAAAUAGCGAAUGCCCUCACUGUUUUAUGGUGAUGUCACAAAACUUUGAAUGUGCUGGUGCCAGUAACCGUGAUGAUGUCAAAUUUUUACCCAGUGAAAUAUGGUAUCACAAACCACCUUUCGUUCAACUAAUUAAAGGAAUAUUUUAUGGCGGACAAUGCCACCAACCUUUCCUUGUACCAAUUCCAGUAAAAGACGGUAUCGAUAGCCCUCCUACACUUGACGACCUUGACAUCAAUUACUGGGUAAAACAGUACAAGCUCUAUGAGUGUCAUUCCAUUGCUCUGAACCAACUCCUUUCCAGAAUGUCGAGUAUGACUGGGAGCAAAGAGACAUUUCAUGGAAGUAUUCUAGUCAUUAAGCAAACACGACAUGUACCAAACCUCAUAGUGAACAUGACGAAACAGGAUCAACUCGUUGCAAAUUUCCUCAUAUUGAGUGCUUUACAUUACCAUAUCCUAACAGAUGCGUGACUUUUGCAACAGUAUGUCCAUGAUAUGAAGUAUACUACGUAAUGUUGUCAUGGUGGAGUGCUCUCUUCGAUCGUGCUACUGAAGUUGUGGAACCACCCAUAUUCAUCUCCUGGCUUCGGCAACUAACGAUCAUUGAUGAACACGGUCAACGAAAAUUGAUCGUGCGCCUGAGCUCCAUGUCUGGCAUCUUUGUUUCUCUACAUGAUCUGUAUCUUUAUAAUUCUAUCAGUCCAUAUUCUCCUCUAAAAUCUUGCGAAGGAUGUCGCGUAAAC